AUGAUUCGGUUCCUCUCCUCAUUGUACGAUAAUUACAUCAAGCCUUAUUUUGCCUCUGGUCUGGAAGAAGCAGACAGAAGCCACAAGAAUAAGAUCCUCAAGGCUGGUCGACUGAUCCGGAACACGCUGCUGCCCGCAGCAGUGAGAGCAGACGCAGCUCGGGACAUCGGGAUAUUAAGUUACACAGGUGAUGAAAAAACAUGUCUAUAUUACAGGCGGACGCCUUUUUUUUUUAUCGUGUUCAAGACCGGCAGCCGCAUGAUUCGGUUCCUCUCCUCAUUGUACGUUAAUUACAUCAAGCCUUAUUUUGCCUCUGGUCUGGAAGAAGCAGACAGAAGCCACAAGAAUAAGAUCCUCAAGGCUGGUCGACUGAUCCGGAACACGCUGCUGCCCGCAGCAGUGAGAGCAGACGCAGCUCGGGACAUCGGGAUAUUAAGUUACACAGGAGGUUAUGAACAUGCAGCAGACAAGUACAUGGCAAGCAUGGUGGAGCUCCUGAAAACACCUGACCUUACAGAUCAGCACAUCAUUCGACUUCUUGAAGGCCUCAGUGCAAUCUGCUACCUCCAUGUCGCCAACCAAGACAAGGCACAAGCACUUGGGCUCCCUGACACCCUGCUGGAGUUUGUGUCGCCCACCAGCAAACUCUCCUUUACAUCACAGCACUGGAGCUGCUACCUGCUCAACAUCCUCGGUUGCCACAACAUCCCGAUCAUCUGCCACCUCAAGGGCUCGGAGGCCCUGCAGUCCAGUCUGGAGAAACUGGCAAGUCUGGACUGGGAGAAAUGGCCAUUAAACCAUGCUCAGGAGCUUCUCAAGGUUUUAGGAUUCCAGCGGAACUCAAUGAAAGAUGCGUUGCAUGAGGAAGAUGAACUGAAGGGCUGCACUUACACUGAAAGUGGUCACAUGUUAGUGAACAUGCACAUUAACUACAGGUACUGA